UUGGUCAGGUCUCGUUGUUCUAUCAGCAUGGCAGAAGCUAAUGUUUCGGUAUCUCAGGACCGGUUCAGCUGUCCAAUAUGCCUGGAUCUUCUAAAGAAUCCUGUGGCCCUUCAAUGUGGACACAGUUUCUGCAUGGAUUGUAUCACAAGCUGCUGGGAUAAGGAACACUUGAACGGUGUCUACAGUUGCCCACAGUGCAGGCACACUUUUCCUCAAAGACCAGUUCUGUUCAAAAAUACCAUGUUGGCUGACAUGGUAGAGAUGUUAAAAAAAUCAGGAACACGGCGUGAUUCUCCAACUCUGGCCUAUGCUAAACCUGGAGAUGUGGGGUGUGACGUCUGUACUGGGAGAAAGCGGAAAGCUGUCAAGUCUUGCCUGGUUUGCUUGUCUUCUUAUUGUGAAACUCACUUCAAGGCUCAUAAUGACCUCUUCCCAGGCAGGAAACAUAAAGUGGUCGAAGCUGAUGGUAAACUAAAGGAUCUGAUCUGCACUCAGCAUGGAAAACUACUGGAGGUUUUCUGUCGUACUGAUCAGAGGUGUAUAUGCAUGAUGUGUGUCAUGGAUGAACACAGUGGGCAUAAAACAGUUUCAGUUGCAGCAGAGAGAACCGAGAAACAGAAAGAGGUGGGCCUAAGCCAAAGGAAAUGUCAGCAGACAAUUCAAGAGAAACAAAAGCACCUGCAGGAGCUAAACACGGCUGUGAGGGUGAUGAAGCUAUCUGCUCAGGCAGCAGUGAAGGACACUGAGGGGAUCUUUGCUGAAAUGAUCUGCUCCAUUAAGAGAAGAUGCUUUGAGGUGACAGAACUGAUUAGAGAGCAGGAGAAGGCUAAUGUGACGCAAGCUGAAGUCACUGGAGCAAGAGAUUGCCGAGCUGAAGAGAAGAGAUGUUGCACUGGAACAGCUCUCAAAAACACAGGAUCAUACAACCUUUCUCCAGAGUUUUCGGCCUCUGUGUUCCUCAGCUGACCAAGGAAAUUCAUCACGUGAC